AUGCAAGAGCGAGCUCGGUCCGUGAAACACUUCGGUUUGGGACAUGGAAGUUGGUGCAGCGGUGCAACGAAAGAGUUGCGUCCGUGCAAUCCCAAGUUUGGCCACCAUCCGCCUCCCGGCUGUCGAAAAGAUCAUCCUGUUGAUUGCGUUGUUGGCCAGUGGGCGCACUGGAGCAGGUGCACGGCAGUUUGUGAUGGGGGCGUGCAGAGACGCACUCGCGUCGUUGUGCAGCGCGCAUCUCACGGGGGGCGUGGGUGCUUGGCGGCCCUCUCGGAAGUGCACGAGUGCAAUCGCCACCUGUGCAGCGGUGGAAACUUGCCGGUCGAUUGUGAAGUUGGGCAAUGGCAAGAGUGGGGCUUGUGUAGCAAGUGUGAUGGAGAAAGAUCUCGCUUUCGGACGAUCCUGCGAUAUGCUUCCAAUGGGGGCAGGCCGUGUGACCACAUGGCUGUUCGCGAGGUGGGCAAAUGUCCCAGGUCCUGCAGCAGCAACUUGUACUGCACAUGGGCAGGAUGGCAGGACUGGGGCGACUGCAGUAAAACAUGUGGAAGAGGAGGUAAGCGGCGCCGCCGCAGAUACUUGCAUCUGUCGCAUGACGCUGGUGCAGAGCUCUUGCCUGGAGGUCCGGGUGCCCCUGGUCAAGGUGGAAUCCCACCAGGACCUGGGGUGUCGAAUGGAGGAUAUCCGACUCUGCAGGAGCAGCUACAACCAACGACCACAAGACCAGCCCCCACAGCCCCCGCCUUCGUGAACGUGCCGCCCAUGGUGCACCCGCAGGUCUCCCCACUGACGCCAGUGCCAACUUUGCCGGGCUUAACGGUCCAUGCGAUCUCCGGUGAGUAUGAAGUCAUGGUCCAGAGAUCGCAGGAGCUGGAGUCGACUCACAUGAAGGAUCUUCUGCUCUCUUUCGCUGGUGGCUUUAUGAGCAUCAGCCUCCUCGUACUUGCCACGUCCGGAAUGGCCAAGUCCCAAGUUCCGCGCCCGCGAUCGCGCCCCGGAUGCCCCGGGCCCCCUGUCCGGUGCUCGCGCUUUCGAGGCCCGGCCUCGGCCGAGCUUUCAAAGGCGCAGCCCGCGGCCCGCGGCCGAUCCAGUUUCCAAGAUGUCAUUCUUAAAACAGUCGGUGUCUUUUCGAAACGGGAGUGGUGGCCAACGAUGACUAAAAUCCCGGUUGGACCAGUGAUUGGACUCGGGGAUCACGGGAGUGCCUGCUAG